AUGACAGCGAAUGCGGCAUGUAGCGUUAGGGAUUUUGACACCAUCCUUGCGUGGAAUGGCACAGAGCACUCUUCUCAUGAUGAAUGCCUCCAUUGGCAUUUCGAGAAGCAAGCUACCUCACGACCCAACACCCCAGCCAUCCUAACUACUCAUCAGGCUUACACCUAUGGGGAGUUAGAGGCUACGACUGCGCGCCUCGCCAAGUACCUCUCUCAAGAGUGUGGCGUAGGGCCGGAGGUCAUUGUGCCAGUUUGCUUUCCCAAGUCGGCUUUCGCCAUCGUUGCCAUGCUCUCAAUUCUUCGAGCCGGAGGUGCUUACACUGCACUCGACCCGGAAUAUCCUGAUACCAGGAUUCAGGAGAUUGUGCAACAGACCCAGGCAACAAUCGUUUUGGCAUCUCCUGAUUCUGUUGACCGUUUUGAGGGACUGGUGCAAAACGUGGUGCCCAUCUCGCAGGACCACCUCCUCGCAUUGCCCAAAGACACAGAUCGCCAAUCGCUUCCUUCUCUCGAUAUCAAGAAAGCCAGCCCAAGAAAUGCUUGCAUCGUCGUCUUUACUUCGGGUAGCACAGGUACCCCUAAAGGCAUCGUUUUAGAGCAUAGGCACAUGUGUGCCACCGCCCAUCAGCACGGCCGGGCCUUUAGAAUUCGGCGUGGUCUUCGUGUGCUGCAGUUUGCUGCCUACACGUUUGACAUGGCCAACUCGGACAUCUUCUGCACCCUGUUCCACGGAGGCACCAUCUGCGUCCCUUCAGAGGACGAGCGAAUGAACGACCUUGCCGGCUUCGUGGCACGGUUCCAGGUCGAGUCGGCCAAGAUCACCCCGUCCCUAGCCGGUCUGCUCAACCCGAUCGACAUGCCUAGCCUCAAGACCAUUAUACUGGGUGGUGAGGUUGCCUCCAAGGACCUUUUGACCCGCUGGGCGAAUUAUGCUGAGACAAUCAUCAGUUAUGGUCCUGCGGAGUGCGCCGUGACCUCGGCAAGUCAUGUUUACGUGAAGGGGGCCGAUGCUGGUGUCAUUGGCAGAGGUUUCGGCACACGAUUGUGGAUCGUGGACCCCAAUAGCCGCCACGUCAUUUUGCCUAUUGGCUCCGUGGGUGAACUCCUGAUCGAAGGUCCGAAUAUGACGGAGCAGUUCUUUGUCGGUGCCCCUGACUGGUGCGGCGACAAGAACAACAGUCAGGGCGAGCCUCGGCGUUUCUACAAGACUGGUGACUUGGUUCAGUAUGAUUCCGACGGCGUGGUGCGCUUCGUCGGCCGCAAGGACUCGCAGAUCAAGUUGCGCGGCCAACGUCUCGAACUCGGCGAGGUGCAGCACCAUCUCGAAGAGGCUUUCCCCAAGGCCUCAACAGUCCUCCCGGUUGUUAUCGCACUCCAUGUUUUGGGCGCUACCAAGAGUCUCGCAGCUUUCGUCCAAUUACGAGACGGUGCCGGUCUUGUUCAGACCAAGGAAGACAGCAUUGUCGCAUUUUACCUCUUGGGAACGGAUGAAUGGCAAGCCAGCGUCAAGGCUGCGCAUAAACUACUGUCGAAAGCUCUCCCCUCUUACAUGGUUCCGACGCAGUUCAUCCCGGUGUCUCAAAUACCAAGAAACGCAUCUUGGAAGACUGACAUACGGCGCCUGCAAGAGUUGGCUGCCGACCUCCCUCUGGGCGUGUUGACUCUUCUGGGCCCUUCCCCUUCACUUCCGUCUACCGGCCAAGAGUCCCUGACGGAGACGGAACUCAAACUACAAGAGCUUUGGGCCAACGUCCUGGCCCGUGAGCCUGGCCAACUAGGUCUCGACGACAGUUUUUUCUACAUUGGCGGCAGUUCACUUGAAGCCAUUCGCCUCGUUAGCCUCGCCCGCGGUCAAGGUCUUGAUUUGACGGUUCAGCAAAUUUUUCAAAGUCCCAAAUUGAGAGAUCAAGCUCGUUCGCUCAAGCCUCGUUUGGAGAUUGCACCAGAAGGCGAUACCAUCCCUCCACUGUCGCUGCUUAACCCAGAGACGGAUCGCCGUACGGCGCUACAGUAUGCUGCAAAGCUUGCUGAUGUCGAGCCGAGCCAGAUCGAAGAUAUCUUCCCGUGCACACCUCUGCAAGAGGGCCUGCUAGCCAUGACUGCUCAGCGUGAGGGAGAUUACGUUGCACGCAGCGUGUACCGCCUUCCCGCUUCGACUGAUCUAGCUCGCUUCAAGAGAGCGUGCGAAGAAGUAGUAGCCAAGGCACCGACUCUGCGCACCCGAGUGGUGAGUCUCCCCGACGAUGGUCUGGUUCAAGUUGUUGUCAAUGAAUCUUUCCAAUGGGGUCCCGUCCUGGACAUGGAUUCUAUCUCUUCUCUUGAGAGCCACAAACCCGGCCAGGCUCUAGGGUCAGGUUUGUCCUUUUUUGCUCUGGGCGAAAGCGCUCGGGAGGUAGCGACAUACUUCGUGUGGACAAUCCAUCACGCGCUCUAUGACGGUUGGUCUGCGCCACUCAUCUUGGACGCGAUCGAACAGGUGUACAACGACGGCCAGUCACCGGUCUUUGCCCCCUUCCAGAGUUUCGUCAAGCACGUACUCCAGCAGGACAACACAGCCGCUGAGGAUUUCUGGCAAGCCCAAUUCGAUGGCGGCGACGGCGCGGUUUCCUUCCCUGCGCUCCCCGACCCCUCGAAGGUGCCCCUUGCUGAUACCGUCGUGGACCGUCUCGUGAGCCUCGCCUGGCUUCGCAGCAGCACCACACCCGCAACAGCUGUCCGCACCGCCUGGGCAAUUCUGCAAUCUCAGAUCUCCGGAUCCAAGGACAUCGUCUUUGUGAUGCUACACAAUGAUGAGAAUGUGGAUGAUAUGCUACACGCGAUACAGAAGCAGAUGGUGGACAUGCUUCCAUUUGAGCAGUUUGGCGUUCAGAACAUCAAACGAGUUUCCGGCGCUGCUCGCGAUGCUUGCCAAGCACAGACGCUCCUCUUGAUCCAACCUGUUGGCCAAAACCUGUCGCUGAGGCAGAACCGUCUCAUGUCUCACGUCUCUGGCUUUGUACACGAGACCAAGUCUUAUGCUCUCACGCUUUACUGCUACCUCGAGGUCGAUGGCGUGCACAUCUAUGCCGUGUUCGACUCGUCUGUGAUCAAGGAGGAGCGGGUCUCCAGGAUUCUGGGCCAGUUUGAGCACAUCUUGAAGCAGUUGAGCGACGCAGAGAAUCUUGCCCUGAAAGUUUCUGAUCUUGAGGUAGCUUCUCCCCAAGAUAUGAAAGACAUGUGGCGCUGGAACGCUCAAGUCCCCCCAACAGUGGACCGCUGUGUGCACGACAUGAUAAUCGACCGCGUCUAUCAACAGCCCGAGGCAGAAGCUAUCCAUGCUUGGGACGGCGACCUUACAUACGCACAAUUAGAUGCCCUAUCAUCAACUCUAGCUCGCCGUCUUAUCGAACUCGGAGUCGGCCCCAACAUGAUUGUGCCCCUCUGCUUCGAGAAGUCCAUGUGGACUCCCGUGGCCGUGAUGGGCGUCAUGAAGGCCGGAGGAUGUUCUGUCCUGCUGGACGGGGGACAACCAGAGCAGCGCUUGCAAACAAUUGUGCAGCAGGUCGUACCUAGCGUCAUGAUUGCCUCGGCCCUGCGCAGGGACGAGCCAUCAAGGCUCUGCACGUCCGACGGACUGAAGGUGAUAGUCUUGGAUCGACAGACUCUGGACGAGCUCGAGGCUGCUGACGUCGCAGUGCCUCUUCCCGUAGUGCCAACUUCUAGCUUGUUGUACCUUGUCUUUACUUCCGGCAGCACUGGACUGCCCAAGGGGGCCCAAGUCACUCACUCCAACUACGCGAGUGCGCUGCACUACCAGGGCAAAUUCUUCGGCUACCAGGCCACAUCUCGCGUGUACGACUUUGCGUCCUACUCCUUUGAUGGCGCUUGGUUCAACAUGCUUCAUACUCUCGAAGCCGGUGGUUGCGUCUGCAUCCCUUUGGACGAGGAUCGGCGGAACGACCUGUCCGCCUCGAUCAACCACAUGGGAGCCAACAUGCUCAACCUGAACGCCACGACCCACCGUCUCCUGAACCCGGCGUCACUCCCGGCCGUUAACAAUCUCAUUUCCUUGGGCGAGCCGAUCCGCAAGGAAGAUGUCGAGAUCUGGACACCUGGAGUCAUCAAGCAAGCCUAUGGCCCCGCCGAGUGCACCCCCAUCUCGACGGCUCUGCGCGGGGAGACCGGUGACCAACCAAAUGUCGGCAUAGGCAGCGGACUGGGCUCCCUCACUUGGGUUGUAGACCCGGACACCGGCCGAUUGAUGCCACCGGGAAUCACGGGAGAGCUCUGGCUUGAGGGCCCCAUCGUCGGCGCCGGGUACCUGAAUGAAAAGGAAAAGACGUCAGCUGCUUUCGUCCACGACCCAUCAUGGCUUGUAAGGGGAGGGGGCGGUGUCCCGGGCCGUCAGGGACGUCUUUACAGAACUGGCGAUCUUGUGCGGCAGCUCGAUGACGGACCUCUAGUAUUUGUCGGACGCAAAGACACACAGGUCAAGAUCCGUGGCCAGAGAGUCGAGCUGGAAGACAUUGAGCACCACCUCCACCGCGUCAUGGCCAGACGGUGCGAGACCGUCACCUUGGUUGCCGAGGUCAUCAAGCCGGAAGGCCAGGAGCCCAUCCUCGUGGCCUACGUUGCCCUCUCAUCCCCUGGCGAGACGUCUCUGGAUGAUACCCUCGCCUCUUUGGUGGUUGGGGAGCCUAGCAAGGACUUGGCCCGCGCGCUUCCCGCACACCUCGUGCCUACGGCUUACAUUCCACUCAAGCAAAUCCCGCUCACGAUGACAGGCAAGACAGACCGCAAGCGCCUGCGCGAGAUGGGAGCCGCGAUGACGCGGGAUCAGCUGGUCGCUCUACACGAGACUCACUCGGGCAUCACCUCGAGGGAACCGUCCACUCCGGAGGAGAUGCAACUCAGGGAACUCUGGGCGCGGGUACUCAACCAGACAGAGAUAUCAAAGAUCAGCGCGGAGAGCAACUUCUUUGUCGUUGGCGGCGACUCCAUUCAGGCCAUGCGCAUAGUAGCUCUAGCCCACGAGCACGACAUGCGCCUGACUGUGGCCGACAUCUUCCAGAGUCCGCGCCUCAGCGACAUGGCGAAGCGGGUCGAGAUGGUGCAGAAGAAACAGUCGGCGUGCUCGGAGCCACAGCCGUUCACCCUGCUCUCCCAGGAUGACCUGGCAGGACAAGAACUCGGUGUUUUCAUCAGAGAGACGAUUGCGCCGGCCGUCGAGUUCCCGCUCAAGGAAAUCCAGGAUGUCAUGCCGACGACAGCCACCCAGGCCAUGUGCGCCGACGCGGCCAUGUACGAUCCGGCACAGGGGUGCUUCAUGAUCCACGUAGACGUCCCCGAGCGCGUCUCCCUCGACACGAUAGAGGAGUGCUGCCAAAAGGUCUGGGACCACCUCAGCAUCCUGGCCGCCGUGUUCGUGACGCCUGGCGAGAGGAUGUUGCAGGUGAUCCCACGAAAGUCGGCGGCGUCGGUCGAACGACACCAGAUUGGUGACGACCAGGACAUGGAUGGCUUCGCCACGGAAGUCUUUCACGCCGCCCUCCAGCCUGCCAUGGUUCCGGGGUCCCUCUACACGCGGUUCUACGUGCUGCACGGUGCGGGUCAGUCAACGCGCUGGGGCCUCCGGCUUUCUCACGCCCAUUUCGACCGCACUAGCUUGACGCCCAUCCUCGACUGCUUCGCGGCCAGCCUUCAGGGCAAGGCUUUGGCACCCAUGGCGCGCUUCUCGGGCUUCAUUGACUGCGUGCGCGAGGCAGAGGAUAGGAUGCUAGCUCACUGGCGCGAGGUGCUUUGUGGUUCGAGGCCUCUCGCGUUGACCCCUACGGGGCAGCCCGCUGAGAUUGUGUGUAUCAAGCGCGCCAUCCAGGCGCCGCCUGCGUUCGAUGGCUUCACAGCGGCGAAUCUUUACGUCGCGGCAUGUGUGCAGGCACUCGCUCAGCUGCGCGAUACUGACGACGUGGUGACGACCAUGACAGUGUCGGGCCGCUCCACACUUCCGCCCGCGCUGGCCAACGUCGUCGGCCCAACCGUUAACAUGGUGCCUCUGCGCGUGCGACUCGAUGCUCACAAGACAUUUAAAGGCACGCUCGAGGCAACGCGGCAGGCGCAGCUCGACGUGCUCGGCUUCGAGACGAGCACGGUCGCGCCGCUGUUCGAGGCCUGCACGCCCGCAGCGUCGUGGCAGCCCGAGGAACGUCGGUCGACGUACAUUCUACAAUUUCAGAACCCGGAGCCUUUCACGGUGGAUCUGAUGGGCGACGGCGAGUGCUGUCAAGAGCUCGGCUGGUUCGGACCGGACAAGGUGUGGGAUCACUCGGAGGAGGUGUGGCUCAUCGCGCGGCCGGACCCAGAGACUGAGACAUGGAACCUAUGGUACAGCGCCAACACAGUCAACUUUAGCCUGGAAAGGCUGGAGGAACUUGUCCGGGAGCUGGAAGUGGUCGUUCAAAGGAUAAUAAAAGACGCGGCGAAAUCAGAAGAUGGUUCGGAGGGGUAA